UCCAGCACGUGGCCUCCUUCCUUGGCGCUCGGCCGCCUUAGCUCCAGCCGCUGUUUACCCGCCCCGAGCUGAGGGCGGUGCCUGGGCUUCCCUUCCCUCGCUGCUUUUGGGUGGCUCGGAGGUGCUUCGGGAAGCAAAGGGGCGGGCGGGGAGGCGGCAUGGCGAGGAAGAGCUUGCCCAUCGGAGCUUGUCUUCCUCAGCGUUUGCUCCGCGCGUGAGGAGGAGAAGCGGACUGCCCCGGGUCCGUCCGACGGAACAGCAGCUCGCUUUCCCUCCCGUCGCGGCUGGGGGAGCUUGGAGCGGAGCGCCUUAGGCGCAAAAGGGCUGCGCGGCACAGAGAGCGCGGGGACUGCGAAGCCCCAGGAGGCGGCUAAGCAGGAGGGGAGUCAUGCUGGAGCGAGCGGCCGGGCGUUGCUUAUGCCCCGCGCCCGGCGGCAGUCCUCCCGCCUUGCCGCGCCUUCCCUGAGCGCCGCGGAAGAUGGAGAGCCUGACGCGGGGCUGCGAGCGGGACCCCGGCUGCUGGGCCUGGCCGCUCUUUGCCCUGGUGGCGCUGCUGCUGAGGCAGGCGUCGGGCCACCCGCAGUGCCUGGACUUCAAGCCGCCCUUCAAGCCUCCGCGGCCGCUCGCCUUCUGCGUGCAGUACUCGGACUUCGGCUGCUGCGACGCGCAGCGCGACUCCGGCCUUCUGCAGCGCUUCUACGGCGCCACCGAGCACCUCGACCACGCCGCCUAUGCCGCCUGCGCCAGCCACCUGCAGGACCUCCUGUGUCAGGAAUGCUCCCCUUAUGCUGCUCAUCUGUAUGAUGCUGAAGACCCUUCUACACCUGUGAAAACUGUGCCAGGACUUUGUCCCGACUACUGCGUACAAGUGUGGCAAAACUGCAGGUCCAUGUUCAAAUUGCUCUCUCAAGACAAGGAGCUAUUGGCCCUGGAAAACAACAUGGCGAAGUUCUGUCGUUACCUUGCUUUGGAGGAUGCUGACUACUGCUUUCCUCACCUCCUGUCCAAUAAACGCCUUACUCAAAACCUUGGGCUUGUGACAGCUGACAGUGAAGGAUGCCUGCAGUUGUGUUUAGUGGAAGUGGCCAAUGGGCUUAGGAAUCCAGUUGCCAUGGUGCAUGCAAAUGAUGGAACUCACAGAUUCUUCAUUGCCGAACAAGUUGGCUUGGUUUGGGCCUACCUGCCAGAUUAUUCACGACUUGAAAAACCAUUUCUGAACAUCAGUGAAGCUGUACUUACCUCACCUUGGGAAGGCGAUGAGAGAGGUUUUCUAGGUAUUGUCUUCCAUCCUAAAUUCAAAUUUAAUGGUAAAGUGUUUGUCUACUAUUCAGUUGAAGUUGAGUAUGAAGAGAGAAUCCGAAUCAGUGAGUUCAGAAUUUCUUCCGAUGACAUGAAUUCUGUGGACCAUAGAUCCGAAAGAAUAAUUCUGGAGAUAGAUGAACCAGCUUCCAAUCAUAAUGGAGGAGAACUGCUGUUUGGAGACGAUGGCUAUCUUUAUAUCUUCACUGGAGAUGGUGGAAUGGCUGGUGAUCCUUUUGGGACAUUUGGAAAUGCUCAAAACAAGUCAACACUUCUUGGCAAAGUGCUCCGAAUCAACGUUGACGAUAAUGACCGUGGCCCCCUCUACCGGAUUCCUCUUGACAAUCCUUUUGUGAACGAACCAAAAGCUCGGCCCGAAAUCUAUGCUUACGGAGUGAGGAAUAUGUGGCGCUGCUCUUUCGACAGGGGCGACCCCAACACAAAGGAAGGGAAAGGACGGCUUUUCUGCGGCGAUGUGGGGCAGAACAAAUUUGAGGAAAUUGACCUCGUGGAGAAAGGGAAAAAUUACGGCUGGAGAGCAAGAGAAGGGUUCAGUUGUUAUGACAAAAAGCUCUGCAUCAAUUCCUCAUUAGAUGACGUGCUCCCAAUAUAUGCUUACCCACACAAAAUGGGGAAAUCAGUUACAGGAGGCUAUGUCUAUCGGGGUUGUGAGUCUCCAAACUUGAAUGGGCUGUACAUAUUUGGUGAUUUUAUGAGUGGGCGUCUAAUGUCCUUGAAGGAGAACCGUGCCACUGGGAAAUGGGAGUACAAUGAAAUAUGCAUGGGAACAGGACAAACUUGCGUGUUUCCUGGGCUUAUCAAUAACUACUACCAGUAUAUCAUCUCUUUUGCUGAAGAUGAGGCAGGAGAGCUGUAUUUCAUGUCGACUGGAAUUCCAAGCGCUACAGCUCCUAAUGGAGUCGUUUACAAAAUAGUUGACACCUCCCGGAGAGCACCACCCGGCAGAUGUCGUACUGAGCCUCUACCAGUCAAAACAAAAAGCAAACUCAUCAAGUUUGUAGCAAAGGAGAAGCUUAUAAUAAAAACACCAACACAACGUCCUAAACUAAGAAGCACGACUCGAGCUCCAGCUAGGGCCAAAGCGACGGCAGAACCACCUCAGAGCACAACUCCAGACUGGGUGGAACAAAUUUUGACUCUACUAAGAAGUCAAAACAGAGUGCUGAUGACCACCGCAUCACCAAAAACCAAGGCCCCGAGGCCCAGGAAAGGGGGGAGGACUGGGGGAAGGAGAGCGCAGAGAAGGAAGAACAAGCCAACCAGUGCUCCCACACAGCCACGGAAUGGUGCAGUCCGAAUAAUGAACGGCAACGUGGACGGCAAGGACCGAGGGAGGGUGGAAAUCUUUAUCAACGGAAAAUGGGGCACCGUGUGCGAUGACUUAUGGACUUCCAAGGCAGCCGCAGUAGUUUGCCGCCAGCUGGGCUACGCUUUUGUGAUCAGGGCAACCAAGAAGGCAGAGUUUGGGGAGGGACGUUCUCUUCCUAUUCUUCUUGAUGACAUUCAGUGCUCAGGCCGGGAGAAAACCCUACUGGAAUGCUCCCACGCAGACAUUGGGAAGCACAACUGUUCCCACAAAGAGGAUGCAGGAGUGAUAUGUAGUCAUGAAGACAUUACUGAGACUGAACAAUAGGUGGGGUGGGAGCAUCGGCUGGCCUCCUUUCUUCUUAAAAUGCCUUUGUCCAAUGGGGUUGGUGUUUGUCAAAUAAAUACGUCUUGAUUUAG